AUGACAGGCUCACAAUUGGGGCACGGAAGGAGGACUGGUACGAUAGUAGUCGAUGAAUCAGCGCCAGUCGUGGUGAGCCACUGGUUCGUGGAUAUAGAAGACCCGAAGGCUUGUGUAGAUAGACCGGUAGGUAUCGUUGUCAUCGUCGAGGUAAGCGAUACACUAGUACUGGUCGCAGUAGGUCCUGUUGUGGUGGAAGCAGAGCCCGGUGAAGGCGAUGUAGUCGGGCCAGAGCCACCAACAUUUGAUGAGGAUGACGAUGAUGACGACGACGACGAUGAUGACAAUGGCGAUGAUGACAAUGGCGAUGAGGAGCUUGGGCUUGUGGAACUGCCCGUUGUGUUCAGCGAAAUGAUGGUGCUGCUCAAGCUUGAGCUUGAGGAGGAUAAUAAGCUGCCGGAUCCGGAUGAGGCACUCGACAAUGUGCUGGACAAGCUUGACAACAGGCUCCCAGAGAGGCUUCCGACAUUGGUGGAAGAGAUGCUGCUGGUUGAUAUACUAGUCGUGUUGCCCAGUAUGGCCGUGCUGUUAGCAGGCUUGGAAAGUGACGCUUGUGUUGAUGAAGCCAAGCCAGAUACGAUGGUGCUAGUAACGACUGUAGAAGAUUUCGAAAUUUUAAGGGUGGAAGUGGUACUGCUGCCAACUCCAAGAGUUGUGCCAUUCGACGUGCUAUUCGAGCUCUGA